CCAUACCCCAAAAGGUUUUUAUGAUCAAUCAAUCAAUCAAUCGCUCGUCAAUCAAUCCUUCGAUCCUUCAAUCAUUCAUGCCAUUCUUCAUAAUUCAAUGAGGAGCUUCUUGACAAUAUGGCAUUGGCGUUGAAUGCCAUGGAUCAAAUCUGCUACAUCUUGUUCCUACUAUUGGGUCUAUUAUCCACAAGAGUAAUCGCAUCCUCAGAUUAUCACGAGCAACUCCUUCUACAACCACUUCAUCCUUCCUCUUUACUUGCUUCUUUCAAUUUUCAAAGCAACACCAGCCUCAAAUCGUUUGAACAGCAGAAUUUCCGCUAUUUUCCAAGAUCUUUAGGACAGAUUCUUCAGUAUGCGAACACCAGAGAAUUACAUUUGAGGUUCAGUCUAGGGAGAUGGGAUGCUGAGAAUUGGGGCGCGAGGCCAUGGGGUGGUACAAGGGAAGGAGGAACAGGUGUGGAGCUUUGGGCUUGGGUAGAAGCUGGUACUGAUGAAGAGUACGUUUGACAUCUUCGAGAAAUAGAUUCAGUCAGCUAACACAUCCUUAGGGCUGAUGAUCGCUGGUUGACUUUGACCAACGCAUUGUCUGGUCUCUUUUGUGCCUCUCUUAAUUUUAUCGAUUCGACGAGAACAACGAGACCGGUAUUAUCAUUUCAACCCGUCGGAGACCACUCAAACUCAACACUGUCAAACCUACACCUUCUGCAUGGAACCCUACCGCGAGAAGUUGUCUGCACAGAAAACCUGACACCGUUCUUGAAACUUUUGCCCUGCAAAGGAAAAGCUGGCAUUUCGAGCUUGUUGGAUGGGCACAAAUUAUUCGAUGCAUCAUGGCAGAGCAUGUCUAUUGACGUGCGACCUAUAUGCACAAGCGAUUCAAACGACUGCCAGCUUCAAAUCACACAGACCAUUGAUAUGGUUCUGGAUGUCCAAAGAUCCAAGCGCCCGAGAGGUUGGCAAAUCAGUUCCUAUCAUGACCACGGUGCUAACUCUAACCAGACAAUCCAAUCCCACGGCCUGUCCCCUUUGAGGAUUUAAAAUGCGACGCCUCUAAGGCAUAUCAUGCUGAAGACACCUGUUUCCCCCUCGAUAACUCCGCGGGAGAGGAAGAUUGGAGUUUAUCGCAGAUUUUCGGUCAUUCACUGAAAGGAUCCUGCCCACUUGCCAAAGAUGUUGAAGAUUCUGUUUGCAUAAAGGUCCCUCAUGCGCGCAAUGUCUUUAUUUCUGGAGGAGCGGUUGAACACAAAGAUUCUUCUGGAUACAACCGAUGUUUUCGAUUACAACAAGACAGUGAUUUCGAGAUGGUAUUACCUCGACAAGAUAUUCAAGAAAAGGCGCCAUUGGAGCAGCCCCUACUUUAUGCUGAGCGCUCAUUCAUUGGAUAUGGACAGGAACGAGGUGGUGUACAGGCUAUUCUUACGAACCCAUCGCCAAGAGAUGCAGUUGAUUUUGUGUACAUGGAGUCGCUCCCUUGGUUCAUGAAAGUCUAUCUUCACACCCUGGAAGCCAAGACGAAUGGCUUUCACGAAGAUGUCAUGCAAGAAAUGUUUUACCGUCCAGCUCUAGACCGGAAAAGGGGAACUCAAUUGGAAGUGCGCAUGCGUAUUCCGGCGAACUCUACGGUCAUUUUAACCUAUGACUUUGAAAAGGCAAUCCUUCGGUAUACAGAGUAUCCUCCCGACGCCAAUCGUGGGUUCGAUGUUGCCCCGGCCGUUAUCACCAUUGGAAAUGUUAGCAUCCGCACCACGACCCUUUUACUUCCCCUUCCAACACCCGAUUUCAGCAUGCCUUACAAUGUCAUUAUUCUUACCAGCACAGUAAUGGCCUUGGCAUUUGGAAGUGUUUUCAAUCUGCUAGUACGGAGAUUUGUUGCGGCGGAUGAAGCUGAAAAUUGGGAUAUCAGGGCCGUUAGAUUACGGAUCACAUUGCUUGUGCAGAAGAUUCUGGCUCGGAUGGUCGGGCAAGCAAAGUAUGGCAAGAAAGAAUAGGACACGCUACCCACCACAUAAUAUGAAUCAUUUGUCUCUAAUUGUAUCUGGAAAGAUAACCACUGUGCCAACAGGAAAUUAUAGGGCGGAGGCUGGAACCAAUUUCCUCUGGGACCUACACAGGUCUGCGUAGCUUGCUUUUCAAGAAUGCGGAUGAGGUCUAUAAGGCCCAUGAGUUCCAAAGCCAGCUGCCCGAUCGCAUUUACGCCUUCCCAGUUUCCCGCAUAACCUCCGCAUCCAAGAAAAGGAGGUAGCUAGGCACGUUGUGAAUUUGAGUGAA